CUCUCCCCCUCCUCGAUCAGAUCGAUCUGUGCUUAUCGGCUCAUAAGCUACCAUUUCGUAACUCAACACAUGACGCUUGGCUCAGGAGGAUCCAGUGUUGUCGUGCCUCGGAAUUUCAGAUUAUUGGAGGAGCUUGAGCGUGGUGAAAAGGGUAUUGGAGAUGGCACUGUGAGCUAUGGAAUGGAUGAUGGUGAUGACAUUUACAUGCGUUCUUGGACAGGCACCAUCAUUGGUCCUCACAAUUCUGUUCACGAAGGUCGCAUUUAUCAAUUGAAGCUAUUUUGUGACAAAGAUUACCCUGAAAAGCCUCCAACUGUUCGAUUUCAUUCGCGAGUCAACAUGACUUGUGUCAAUCAUGAGACUGGAGUGGUGGAGCCGAAGAAGUUUGGGAUAGUGGCGAAUUGGCAGAGAGAGUACACAAUGGAAGAUAUAUUGGUGCAGCUGAAGAAAGAAAUGGCGGCCCCACAUAACCGGAAGCUUGUUCAACCACCGGAAGAUGAAUAUGAUGAUGAUGAUGAUGAUGAUGAUGGAUAG